UUGCUAGCCUUUUGCACAACUGUACUUUGUGGCGAGCAUGGGCUCAUUUGUGGUAACUUCCAAGUUCCAACAAGUUUAUGAAAAGCAAAGCUGUUGGUGGAUUCUGCUACUUGCAAUCUUGCAUUGUCUCGAGAUAAUUUGGCUCUUCCACGUCGAUUUACCGGCGUUGUUGUGGUGGUGUCCAGCGACGGUUGUCAAGUAUCAGGCGGGCAGGCGGUAUUGUUUAGUCGGCGGUUACGGGUGGUGUUUUGCCGGCGGUUACAGGCGGUUACAGGCGGGUGAUAGCAGGCUGUUUAAGGUAAAGACGGGAUUUCGGCGACGGUUGUCAAGUAUCAGACGGUUGUCAAGUAUCAGACGGUGGUGUCCGGCGGUUACGGGUGGUGUUUUGUCGGUGGUUUCAGUUUCAACGGGUGAUAGCGGGCUGUUUAGGGUAACGACGGGAAUUCGCAGGCUUUGUCCAGUUCAUUUCAAGUUUCGGCGGUCAGUUUCUUCUCCGGCAAGUGCGUUCAGUUUCCUGCAAUUCGAGAGUGUUUGGGGUUCAGUUCCUGGCAAUUCGGGAGUCCGUUUCAGGUUCUUGCAUUUAGUUUGGUCAGAUUAUGCGUUGUUGUUGUGCGGUUGUUUUGGAGUUUGGUGUUUGAUUGCGUUCGUGUGCUGGGAAGCUUGAGUUGCUGCUCUUUGGUGUUGGAAUUGUUUGUGUGUGUUGAGGUUAUCAAGUGUGCGCUUGGUGUUGGUAUUGUUGGUGUGUGUUGAGGUUAUCAAGUGUGCUGUUGAAGUGCUUUGAUAUGGCGGCUUCCGUAGAGAAGUUUCAUUGCCCUUUUGUGGGUCUUAGCGGGUGCCAGGAUGGAGGUGGGCGUGGUUUGGUGAGGAGUUCUCUGAUCACUCACUUACGUGAUCGUCAUUGUUGCACUGGUGUGCGGGAUGUAACCCGUCAUUCCCUUACUACCAAUUUGCAGGUUUUUACUACGGCUGAGGUGACCUUUCGUCGUAUGGGAAUUUGGCUAUGUGGAGAUUGUUUCAAGACGCAUACUCAUCGUAUUAGGUGUCGCCAUGGCAGUGGUUCUGGUACGGUUUUUGUGGACCCACCUGAUUCUGGGGAUGGUACUAUUCGUUUUACUCUCUACGGUAUUCAAAAACCACAAGCUCCUGCUUCCGAGCUGUCUACUUCUGUUGCGCCUCGAGAACAUCAUUUUUCUUUUGAUGUUGCUCUUCUAAACACUUUAUGGUCCAAGCGGCUGCGUUCUGUGAAAUCCAUCCCUCCCAAAUGUCGUUUGGGUUUUUCGCGAGUUCUGAAAGGGGCGCUUGAUAAGGUGAUUUGCAGACCAGAUGGCAUCGCUUGUUGGGUUCAGUUGCUCGUGUUACCUCUUUGUGUCCUCAAGACUUUUUCUCCACGAAGUAAUCGUGAGUGUUCCUCCGGUGUUAGGCGGCGACAACAGGAAGAGAGUAUCACCUCUGCUAUUCGUUCUUGGGGUGUGCCUGGUGGUUCUGAGCAACUUGUCAUAGACACAUUGGCUAGUGUGUCUCCCCCUCUAUUGGAUGUUGACGGCGACCAUGAUUUGGCGGAGCGUAAUAUUAAGCAAUGCAAGAGAAAGAUUUCUGACGGUCACUACACUGCUGCCGUUAGGGUUCUUUCUUCCUCAGGUCUUGCCCCUUACAAUGAUGCUAUUCUUGCAGAUUUGCAAGCAAAGCACCCUUCUGUCCCGGUCCCUACCUUACCGGAUAUCCCUGUUGAUCAUCACCUUAUUGCUUCCUCCGCUGUUGUUUUGGAGCAGAUUAUGGGCUUUCCGCGUGGUACUUCGUGCGGUAGAGAUGGCUUGCGUGCUCAACACCUUUUGGAUUGCUUGGGUGGUGCUGCUGUAGCUGUUUCUGAUGAGUUGGUGGAUGCUAUCACUCAGGUUGUUAAUCUCUUUCUUGUUGGAAAGUGUCCUGCUGAGCUUGGAGGAUACAUUGCUAGUGCUCCUCUUACGCCACUUAUUAAGCCUGGUGGGGAUAUUCGGCCUAUUGCCGUGGGCACUAUUUGGAGGCGCCUUGUUUCUAAGGUCGGGGCAGCUUUGAUUGGUCCGCGUUUAGGAAACUACUUUGGAGGUCUUCAGUUUGGAGUUGGGGUUCCAGCAGGUGGUGAGGCCAUUCUCCAUGCUGUCAAUCGGUUGGUUGAGGCUCGUGGGGCUGAUGUUGGCCUCUCUAUGUUAUUGGUGGAUUUUCGGAAUGCGUUCAAUUUAGUUGAUCGUUCGGCUUUGUUGCGUGAGGUACGGCUAUAUUGUCCUGCUCUUUCGCGUUGGGUUGAAUUCUGCUACUCUUCUCCAGCGCGGCUGUAUUAUGGAGAGCAUACCUUGUGGUCUUGUCAGGGUGUGCAGCAAGGGGAUCCUCUUGGCCCUUUGCUUUUUUCUCUGGUUCUACAUCCAUUGGUGUGUCGAAUCAGAGACUCAUUUGAUCUAUCUCUUCAGGCUUGGUACUUGGACGAUGGCACUAUCGUUGGUGACACUUUGGUGGUUGGACAGGUCUUGGAGUUGAUUUUGGAGGAGGGUCCUCAUUUAGGUCUCCAUGUUAAUGUUGAGAAGACGGAGGUUUUCUGGCCUUCGGAGGACCCCCGCAGUCGUCUAGAGGGUGUCUUUCCUACGGAUAUUGCUCGUCCUGCGCUUGGUGUUAAGUUGCUUGGUGGCCCAGUCAGUACGGAUUCCUCUUUUUGUAAGGAGUUGGUUUCGCAGCGUGUGUCGAAGGCUGUUGUGUUGAUGGAUGCUGUAGCCAAGCUUAAUCCCCAGUGUGAGUUGUUGCUUCUUCGUGCGUGUACUGGAGUUUCUAAACUCUACUUUGCUAUGCGCACUUGUCCGCCUCAUCUUUUCGAAGCGGCCCAAUUAUCCUUUGAUGUGGCUCUGCGGGCUUCUUUAGAGCGCAUCGUGACUGCUUCGGGACCUGGGUUCGGUGACUGGCAAUGGCGCCUUUCCACCUUGCCUUAUUCUUAUGGAGGAUUGGGUGUUUAUUCAGCUGGUGAUGUUCGGCAUUAUGCUUUUCUUGCAUCCCGUUUGCAGUCUUCUGGUUUGCAGGAUUCGCUUCUUCGGCUUUCAGGUGUUGAUGGUCCGGGACCGGCCUUUGACGAUGCUCUUGGUCUUUUCAAUAGGACCGUGGAGACCGACCUUAUGCGUAGCCCUAGUGAGAUCGCUGCCCCCAGACUCAUGAAGAAAUUGGCAGACAUAUAUUUCACGAAGGUUACUGCUGAGGCGGAAUCCGCCUACUCCUUAUCUUCGCGUCUUGUUGCCCUAUGGAAAUCACAGCAGGGGGAUCACUCCUCGGCUUGGUUGCGGGCAGUCCCCAUCUCGGGGUUAGGCCAGACUAUGAACGGUAAGACUUAUCGUUCGGUUCUUUGCUAUCGGUUGGGUAUUCCGUUGUUCUCUUAUUCGACGCCGUGUUCUGCUUGCUCUCGGGUUUUCGACGGGGACAUUUAUGGGGAUCAUGCCGUGUCUUGUGCUGGGAUUGUGGGUAUCAAACAUCGACAUAAUGUUGUUCGUGAUACCCUUUUGGAUAUUUGCUAUCGGUCGGGGAUUUCUGCUCGCAAGGAGGUUGAUGUUGGGCUGACUAGUGAGAGUGAUGGAGCUCUUCGUCCUGCAGAUAUACUGCUUUACUCAUGGGAUGUCGGUCUGGAUGUGUGUGUUGACUUGACUGGGUCUUCCCCUAUGACGCAAUCUGGGUUGUCAGGCUUCGUUCCGGGUCGGGUUGUGGCGGUUGCAGCGCAGCGGAAGCAGGAUAAGUAUGGGGCACGUUGUAGGGCUUUGGGUUACGGUUUCUUUCCUUUUUCCUUCUCUUCUUUUGGGGAAUUAGAGAAAGGGGCUGUUUCUUUGCUGAAGCGGGUCCAGACGUACUCCAGGGCUCAAGACAUUGGGGCACGGGCAGCUGCCCACAUUUUCAGCAGGAUCGGGUUCGCCAUAGCUAGAGGAGUGGGGGCCCAGAUUGUAUCUCGGCUCCCCUCCAACUUCUUGUAGUUCAUUUGAUCUUUGUAGCUUGUUAAGCUUGUAACGUUUUGGUGUUUUCCCAUAAUAAUAAUAAUAAUAAUAAUAAUAAGAUUAAGGGGUCGAUUAGGGGAAUUGGGGAAUUAGGGGCGAUUAGGGUCGUGCUCAAUGGGUGAUUAGGGGGGUCCAGGCCGGCGAUCCGACAGUGAUCGGCGAGGGUUGUUUCCGUGGCCGAGGGCUGCUUUGGUUAAUUCAAGUGAGGAACGUAGCAGGGAUAUUGAGGAGCAGCAACAUUCAGGAGCGAUAUUCGGGAUUAGCGUGGGUGUUUGUUGCGCCUAUUGCCGCUUGAAAUUAGUGGCUGGUAGCCAUGGUGUGCCGGCAGCAAAUGGUGGUAACGACCACGGCUCAGCCGCGCCAGAUCUGCGACUGAGCCAUGGUCGUUUCCGCCAUUUGCUGGCGGCAAACCAUGGUUACCAACUGCUAAGUUUGAGCGGCAAUAAUAUUCUUUUUUUUUUAAAUGUUAAGGUAAGCAUCAUCAACAUCAGAGGCAAUCAACAAUGCUGUUUAAUUUUUUUACUCCGUAAGAUUUAUGAUGAAGAAGAUGCUGCUUAAUCUCUUGAACUUGAUGAUGAUGAUGCUGCUACUUAAUUUGUUUAUCAAUUUUGAACUAGAUGAUGAUGAUGAUUAUUUUGUUUAUCAAUUUUGCUUCCACUUACUAAAUACUGAUUAUGAGUGGCGAGAUAUUUUUAUUCUUAGGAAAAUUUGGUAAUAUUAAUCCAACCUUUUGCCGAUUUUCUUUUAUUAAGCCCACCUACGACAUAUUUUUUAAUAAUCCCACCUUUACCACCCAACGUCUUUUAUUGGGCCCAACACGUCAUAAACCUAUUGUCGGCGGUAAUAUAUCCCUACGUGGAAGUACUCUCUCUAGAUGUAUUCAGUCAUCAUCAUCAAUUCAUCACCAUCUCGAUGAUUUUUUCACCAGUUAUCGGUCACUUAAGCCCAAUAAAAGUCGUUGGGUAGUAAAGGUGGGAUUAUUAAAAAAUAUGUCGUAGGUGGGAUUAAUAAAAGAAAACCGGCCAAAGGUUGGAUUAAUAUUACCAAAUUUUCCUUAUUCUUAUUAGUAAUCUUGUUAUUUUUUCAUUUUCAUUACCGAUUCGUACUAUUGUUAUUUUUUUUAAUUAUUAUUAUUAUUAUUAUUAUUAUUAUUAUUAUUAUUAUUAUUAUUAUUAU